GGCGAUCAGAAAAAGAACGACAACUCUUAGUAAAGACAAAUUGUUUUGCCACCCGCACUCUCUUGUUAGAAAUUGGAACGAUUUCUAACAUAAUCAAGAGUCUCUGAGAUAGUGAGUCAUGGACCCCCGGACCAGUGCCCAGGACGUGAUGCGAUGUGACCUGUGUGAGACUGCUGUAGUACAGAUGCACUGUGAUACAUGUCUUGUCAACCUGUGUAAGACCUGUGUAGGAGAACAUUUUUCUACUGAUCUUUCAAAACCUCAUAAAAUUGUUGAUUUCAAGGCCAGGAAAUCUACUUUGAUUUAUCCUAAAUGCACGUCACAUGAUGUGGAAACAUGUGAAAUGUACUGUACUCAAUGUGACAUUCCUGUCUGCAACACUUGCAUCGCUUCUGAUCAACACCUAGGUCAUAGAUUUGUGAAAAUUAUCGAAGUCUUGAGUAAAAGAAAAGAAAAGAUUAUUAAGGAACGUACAGAAUUAAAAGAAACAAUCUAUCAAACUUACCAGGGCAUUGCAAGUGAUGCAGAAAAGCGAUUAAAUCUAUUACAAGAGGAAUAUGAAAAUCUCCUGGCAGUCAUAACAAAACAAGAAGACAUUUGGCACAGAGAAAUUACAGAACUGGUCCAUCAACUUAAAUCUAGAACUCAUGAAAUGGAAAAGAAACAGUUAGAAACUCUGCAGAAACAUUUUGAUGAAAUAAAGCAGAAAAUAUCUGACAUCCAGGAUGAUAUUAAUUCAAUCGAUGAUGCUUUUAAUUCUACAAACAUUUCUGAGGUGUUCAGUUUUUUGUCUCUAAUGAAUAAAUACAGAAAACUUCCGAAGAAAAUCGUGUUUGGUGUCCCUAAAUUUUCUCCCAAUAAAAUACAGGAAGAGCAAUUGUAUAAUUUUACGCCUGGUGUUUUAGAAGAGGAUGAAUACAAAUUUAAUAUGUCAAAAUCAGAGUCACCAGAAACUGGAUUCUCUCCUCCAGUAAAACAGCUGCUAGAUGAACCAGAGACAGUCACCACCAUAGACACUGGGUAUAGAGUACUUUACAAUGUGACCUGUCUAAGUGAUGAAGAAAUCUGGACAAGUGGAAAUGACAAUGUCAUGAACCUCUACAGCAUCAAUCAGGGAUCACUACUCAAAUCAGUAGCAACCAAGUCCGGGAACGGACCAGAGGACAUAGCAGUGACAAAAAGUGGAGAUCUAGUUUAUACUGAUUACUAUGAUAGAACUGUGAACAUUGUGAAGAAUGAGAAGAUAGAGGAAGUGAUCAGACUACAGAACUGGAGACCUAGCGGUGUCUGUAUAACCUACAAUUGGGACUUGUUGGUUACUAUGUAUGAUGAUAACAAUCAAUCCAAGGUUGUCCGUUACUGUGGAUCCACAGAAAAACAAACUAUUCAGUCUGAUGAGAUGAGUAAACCUCUCUUUUCAUUUGGUACUUUUGAUAAUUGUAUCUGUGAGAACAGAAACCUUGAUAUCUGUGUGUCCGACAGUGGAGCUAAAGCAGUAGUGGUGGUCAAUCAGGCCGGGAAACUGAGAUUCAGAUACACUGGACAUACUCCUGCUCCAAUGAACCAACCAUUCAAUCCACGAGGAAUCACCACAGACAGUCAGAGUCACAUCCUUACAACUGAUGAGAACAAUCACUGUGUCCACAUUAUAGACAAGGAUGGACAGUUCCUCCGUUACAUAGACUGUGGACUGAGUUCUCCCUAUCGACUAUGUAUAGAUACAAAUGACAAUCUGAUUGUGGCUCAGUGUAAUAACAGACAAGUUAAGAAAAUCAAAUAUCUGAAGUGAAUUCCAGAUAACCAAAAUUUAAAAAAGAUUAGUAAUACAAGAAAUGUAAUAAAUGACAACAACUAUAAAGUUUGCUAUAUUACCUUACCUGCAUGCAAAUAUAUUAUGUA